CAUCCGCCAUCUUGUGCGAAGCAAGGUGGCCUCCACGUUCCCUGAGCGUCUUCUCCGCUUCUGCCUCGACCGCCCCUUGGUCCCAGACAUGUCUCGGGAUCGGUUCCGGAGCCGCGGCGGCGGCGGCGGCGGCUUCCACCGACGCGGAGGCGGAGGGGGCCGCGGCGGCCUUCACGACUUCCGCUCCCCGCCGCCCGGUAUGGGCCUCAAUCAGAACCGCGGACCCAUGGGGCCUGGCCCGGGCCAGGGUGGUCCCAAGCCCCCUAUCCCGCCACCGCCUCCGCAUCAGCAGCAGCAGCAGCCACCGCCGCAGCAGCCACCACCACAGCAGCCGCCACCGCUUCAGCCGCCGCCGCAUCAACAGCCGCAUCCGCAGCCGCCGCCGCCACAGGAUUCGUCCAAGCCCGUCGUUCCUCAGGGACCCGGCCCGGCUCCCGGGGUAGGCAACGCUCCACCGGCCUCCGGUUCGGCGCCACCCGCCACUCCUCCGACAUCUGGGGCGCCCACGGGCCCAGGCCCCACCCCGACUCCGCCGCCCGCGGUUACCUCGGCGCCCCCCGGGGUGCCGCCGCCAGCGCCGCCGAGUAGCGGCGUCCCCACCACACCUCCCCAGACUGGGGGUCCACCACCUCCACCCGCCGGCGGCCCAGGACCCGGGCCUAAGCAGGGCCCAGGACCCGGCGGCCCCAAAGGCGGCAAGAUGCCAGGCGGGCCGAAGCCCGGCGGUGGCCCGGGCCUAGGCACUCCUGGCGGCCACCCCAAGCCGCCGCAUCGGGGCGGCGGGGAGCCCCGCGGAGGCCGCCAGCACCACCCGCCCUACCACCAGCAGCACCACCAGGGUCCCCCGCCCGGCGGUCCCGGUGGUCGUAGCGAGGAGAAGAUCUCCGACUCGGAGGGGUUUAAAGCCAACUUGUCUCUUUUGAGGAGGCCUGGAGAGAAAACGUAUACUCAGCGUUGCCGGUUGUUUGUUGGGAAUCUCCCAGCUGAUAUCACAGAGGAUGAAUUCAAAAGACUGUUUGCUAAAUACGGAGAGCCAGGAGAAGUUUUUAUCAACAAAGGCAAAGGAUUUGGAUUUAUCAAGCUGGAAUCCAGAGCUUUGGCUGAAAUUGCCAAAGCUGAACUUGAUGAUACACCUAUGAGAGGUAGACAGCUUCGAGUGCGGUUUGCCACACAUGCUGCUGCCCUCUCUGUACGAAAUCUGUCACCUUAUGUUUCCAAUGAACUGUUGGAAGAAGCCUUUAGCCAGUUUGGUCCUAUUGAAAGGGCUGUUGUAAUUGUGGAUGAUCGUGGAAGAUCUACAGGGAAAGGCAUUGUUGAAUUUGCUUCUAAACCAGCAGCAAGAAAAGCAUUUGAAAGAUGCAGUGAAGGUGUUUUCUUACUGACAACAACUCCCCGUCCAGUCAUUGUGGAACCACUUGAACAGUUAGAUGAUGAAGAUGGUCUUCCUGAAAAACUUGCCCAGAAGAAUCCAAUGUAUCAAAAGGAGAGGGAAACCCCUCCUCGUUUUGCCCAGCAUGGCACAUUUGAGUACGAAUAUUCACAGAGGUGGAAGUCCUUAGAUGAAAUGGAAAAACAGCAAAGGGAACAAGUUGAAAAAAACAUGAAAGAUGCAAAAGACAAAUUGGAAAGUGAAAUGGAAGAUGCCUAUCAUGAGCAUCAGGCAAAUCUUCUGCGUCAAGAUCUGAUGAGACGCCAGGAAGAAUUAAGGCGCAUGGAAGAGCUUCACAAUCAAGAAAUGCAGAAACGUAAAGAAAUGCAGUUAAGACAAGAGGAGGAACGACGUAGAAGGGAAGAAGAAAUGAUGAUCCGUCAACGUGAGAUGGAAGAACAAAUGAGACGGCAGAGAGAGGAAAGUUAUAGCCGGAUGGGCUACAUGGAUCCUAGAGAAAGAGACAUGAGAAUGGGUGGUGGAGGAGCAAUGAACAUGGGAGAUCCUUAUGGUUCAGGAGGCCAGAAAUUUCCACCGCUAGGUGGUGGUGGUGGCAUAGGUUAUGAAGCUAAUCCUGGAGUUCCACCAGCAACCAUGAGUGGUUCCAUGAUGGGAAGCGACAUGCGUACUGAGCGCUUUGGGCAGGGAGGUGCGGGACCUGUGGGUGGACAGGGUCCUAGAGGAAUGGGGCCUGGAACUCCAGCAGGAUAUGGUAGAGGGAGAGAAGAGUAUGAAGGCCCAAACAAAAAACCCCGAUUUUAGAUGUGAUAUCUAGGCUUUCAUUCCAGUUUGUUUUUGUCUUUUCUUGUUUAGAUACCAAUCUUUUAAAUUCUUGCAUUUUAGUAAGAAAGCUACCUUUUUAUGGAUGUUAGCAGUUUAUCGACCUAAUAUUUGUAAAUGGUCUGUUUGGGCAGGUAAAAUUAUGUAAUGCAGUGUUUGAAAUGGGAUUUUUUUUUUCCUUUUUUUUAUUUCCUUUUUUUUUUUUUAAACUGUAUAAUGUCCCUCAAGUUAUGGCAGUGUACCUUGUGCCACUGAAUUUCCAAAGUGUACCAAUUUUUUUUUUACUGUGCUUCAAAUAAAUAGAAAAAAUAGUUAAUUGAUCUUCAACUUUGCCAUUCAUGCUUCUAUGCACAUUAGGCUAUAGGUAUUCCACUUUGAAAGCAUGAGAGUGUCUAGGCCUUCAAUGGCGUAUGCCAUUUCUGGGAAAUGUAUUUGUAGGCUUUAUAUUGAUUGCUUUCUACCAAUAAGCACCCCUUUGUUUUUAAAACGAAGAAAUGCAUAUUGAAGUAGUUCGAUGAUUUGUUUGGUAUUAGAGGACGUAAGCUGGUGUUAAAGUAAUUUUAAAGUUAUGUAAGCAAAGCUGAACUGUAAAUCUCCAGGAAUGUGUAUUAAGAUUAUGGAACGGGUGUAAGACUAUUGGUAGAGGGAGAAAGUGGGUACGACUAAAUGGAUCUUUUUAUUGGCCUUUUGAGCUAUCCUUUCCUUAAAAGUUUUGAAGAAAAAGUGGGAAGAUCAUUUUGUUGCAUUCCUCCGUUCUUGUUUUUUUUUGUUUUUUUUUUUUAAAGAACAAGUCCCAAGCCCUACAGAUGGCUUGUAUUGAACUUUGACAUUUGAAUUAAAGAUUGUUAAACAUGAAGUCUUUUCAUGUAUUACUUACAGUGAUAUAUAAAGAUGGAGUUUAGUCCAGACAAUUCAACUUGAAAAUAAGGAGUUUAGUAACCAUGAAGUAGGUAAAUACAUUUGCACUUUGUAACUUACACGUCUCCUUUGUGCUACUUCUGUUGGGCGACAUUUGUAGGACUAUAAAAAUCUAUUUUCUUUUAAAAGAGCUAGUGGUGAUUGUUAAUAAUAAAUAGGGUUGCAGAUGACCAUUCUACUGUAAAUUUGUUAACUUGUUUUUCUAGUUUCCUUUUUAUGUAGCACUAAAUUUGGAGAUAGGUGCUUAUGCCACACUGUACAAAUACCUCUUCCCACCAUAAAGCUGGAGUGUUUCGAUGGUGUUGUCAAUUUAUUGUCAACUUCAUUGAAUCUCCUUCCAUUAGAAUGAGAUUUUGACUUAAUGUUAAGUAGAUCGGUUUUGUUGUCUGUGGGAACCUGUUUUCCCAGUGUAAAUUUGUUAGCAGAGGAACAACUUACUAAAAGUAGUAAAGUGAAUGGUUUGGCUUUGUUCUUAGUUACGUUUCCAUUCAAAUUUGUACAUUAUGGAACUCUUGCUAUGGAAUGUGUCUUCCUCUUUUUCACCUCUGUUCUUGGUGCUAAUUGGCAAAAGAAAAAUUCUUAAUCAAAUCUUCGUUAAAAUGCUGAAGCUAGUUUUGUGCCUGAUUACAAAGGGAUACCUAUUGUCGAAAACAUCGAGUACUUUCUGCAUAGGAAACAAGAUAAUACUAAGUAAAACUAGUGGAAUAUAAGGCAUAUCACCAAAAUCUGGUUGUUUGACAGGUAUAUGGUGUGCUAAUUAAGGUAGAGAAUCUCAUUAGAAAAUGUUCAUUAUUUCUGUUCACCAAGAGACUUGGAAAUAUGGGUAGUUUUAUAAUUGUAUUAAUUGAGGAAGUUUUGUCCCAAAUCAUUAAUUGGUGAUACAUAAGAGAUUUUCUGUAUGGAAACAAGGGUCUUGUUAAGAAAGGAGUCUUACUGCAAUUUGAUUGAAUUGUAUGGUAGGGACUCCACUAACUGUAAGAAAAGAAGGGGUGUUCAUGGGACACCCACAGAGGGUGAACUUGAAUGUGUGGGCGGGGGCUGGUGGGGAAAUGGGAAAAUCUGCCUAUAAAAUUAAUGUUUCAGUUUAUUUUUCAGAUUACAUGCCUUUCUUUAUAAGGGAUGCUGGCACAGACCCCUAAAAUAAGUUUUUGGUAGUACUGUACCUUGGAAGAGUGGUGAAGGAUGCUAAUGGAUAAUCUCCUGAAAGUUGUGUCUUUGAUAGCCAUACUUACUGUGGGCUGUAGUAUUGCUAAACGUUGUUUAGCAAGUAAUGUUGCUUAGUUUCAACUAAGUUUUGACUUUCAUCAUCACUGAAACAGCAGGGUACCAAGGGUUGUAAGCUACUCAGACUUUCAAUAAGUCUUGCAAUGUAUGAUAGGUUUUAACCUAAGGUGAACUCAAAUCAUCUUAAAAACUAAUUUCCUUAUAGCCGACACGAAACUGGGUGGGAAAGGGAAAGGUAGUACUUUUGAUUGAAGUAUUUUAUCCAUUUUUUUUCCUCAUUUAAAGAAACCACCUGCCCCCAUUUCCUCUUCUCCUCCCUUACAUAAUUGUCUUAAGAGGAACACUGAUUAUUGUUUUAAAACUUAACUUCACUCCUCCUAAUCUUUAAAAACUACAUUCUCUCAGAGACCCCAGUGUAUUUUAAGAGGUAUCUUAAAAGCUUAACCCAUUGGCAAUUGGCUCACAGUAUUAGUGAAACGAUCCUCUUGGCUAGAACACUAAACUAGCUCUAUAAACCCCACCACUCUAGAUGUUUUAUACCACUAAUAUAAACAGGUAAUUUGGGAAAUUGUAAUGUUACGCCUGUGCAAUUCUAAUAAGUGGCAUAUUAUGGCAGAUAAAAAUUCAGAUACUUGGCUUUUCUUGGGCAAGCCACUAAGUAGUGGCGGAAUAUUUUCUGGUGUUCUUGGACUGCAAUUAUGCACUAUUAAAAGUAGUGGCCUGCUACAUAACUGCAUUUAGCCAGCAUUUCUGCAGUGCGUAACUGUGAGGAACGUAGUACCGCAAAUGGCAAUGGACAUUAGGACCCGGAUGUAGUAUUCCUGCUUGCUCCGAGAUUCUCAUUGCCGACUGCAUACAGGUAGGUAACAAGCAAUAUAAUCUAACUUGGUGACUUGCUAUGUACUUUUAUUCCGUGGGCAUUCUGACAUCACACUUCUGACAAUGAAAUUACAGUGCAGCGCCUAACACUUGUAUGGUAAAGCUAGCAUUUAUCAAAACUGCGUGGAUUUGGGUUUAGAGCUGUAAUUUGUGAGGCAGAAUACAAUGCUGUUGCAGUUCUCAGAUAAAAAGUGCAAACUUGGUUCUUCCGUGUAUCUAUCUGACUUAGUUGUGUGGUUUUCUUUAGUUGCAUUGUAACUGAAGAUAACAUGGAACACAUUGAUGGUGUGGGGGUGGGAACCAAACCAUACUUGGGUAGGCUUCUAGCAUCUUUGACGUUGGACUGUAUAGCAUGUGAUAAUUAGUUUCUGUUGUAGCAAACUGACCUGCCCAUAGGUCAGCAGUUACCAGUAAUUUCAGAAUGCAAUAUUGGUUUCUGCAAGGCGAGUGAAUUAAGACAAAAAAGGUACAGUUUUUUGUAAUGUGAGUUUAAAAAAAUCGACUCCUUGGGAACAACUUUGUUAUUAACUUGGGCCUAGAUGGGAAUCUAAUGUGAAUAGCUUGAGUUACAUGAUGUUAAAAUAUGUCUAUAUUCUCUAAACCUGGGGGAAAGUGGUGUAGCACGUUGACUUGCCUACAGUUGUAUACAUGUUGGGAAUCAUUGCCCAAUCAUAAGACUUCGUCGUUUUCUGUAGGAUGUUUUCUGCAAAUGUUCAGAGUAGCGUUUUGAUUUUUGGUUCCCUUAGCCAUGGGGAUGUGAUGUUAUGAUCCAAAAUGCUUAAUUAUCAAAAAAUAAUCUUCAAAAGCACCUUCUUAUGUUGCUUUUAGGACUUUAAGCUUUGUAUCACCUGUUGUUCCAGACCUCAAUUCCAACUUAACUUUGGUCUCUGAACUGGUUUGUAGUUUAGCAUGCAUGAGAAACAGUUUUCAUAUAUAAUGUCUUCUGCUCUAUAACUGGGAAGUUUGGUAAUUUUGCAUAAAUGCCGGUGAAAACUCUUCAUGAAUGAGAAUUUUCUUCCACUGCAUCUGAAAAAUGGCUUGCUCUUCAGCAAGCAAUUCACAAGGGUGGGGGCAGAUUUAUGCUUUAAUGUGUAGUCCAAGCAAAUGAUUCUUUACUCUUCUGAUAGAUGAAAGAGCAAGUGGCAACUAGUUUAGCUAUAUACUAAUAACAAUGCUGAUCGAAUACAAUAUCUCAGUAUUAGUAACACACAACACUAAAUUGGCAUACAACUCUAAAGGGAUUUUCUUGUGGCAAAAAUUCAUUAAUGGCUGACUGUUGCUAUCAUGGUUUAGGCAUUGAGCGUUUUAGAAGUAAAAGCUCAGGGUUAUGUCUUCACAGUUAUUAACAAUUUGGAGAGAAUGUACUUUGUAAUGUAUGGACUUCAGGAAUAUCAUUGGGGUGGGGGUUUUUAAUUUUUGCUUCAUUCUGCUUAUUUCAAGAUAAAUAGACUUUUUGCACUUUCAAAUGAGAAACCUGUGACUUGGGUCAAUUCGUACUAGUUUUAAUUUGUAGCUACAAUUUGUGAAUAUUAGUGCAGGGGUUUUUCUAAAAAUCAGUCAAAAAACUGGGAAUAAAUGGGUUUCAGUAAUAACACUACCGAGGUGCCUGCAUUGUAUUUCAUAGUCUUUUUCUUGUUGCAAGCCAAAGUUAUUCUUUUUAAUAAGAACUGUCUGAAGUUCAGAGGUGUGAUGCCAGAAUGCAUUUUCGUACUGUUAGGCCCUUGGAACAGAUACCGGUGCUUUCUGAAAGAUGAACGAAAUGCAAUGGGUGCUCUUCAAACAAGGUUGCAAACCUACAAGAAUGCAUAAUCUCACUUUUCCCCAACAAAGAGAUGCGUGUGACUAGUUUUGGACUUAACCUUAAUGGGGGUUGCAUGUCUUUUAUUGUUAAUCAUUGUCAGCUGCAGUGACAUGAUCCACAGUCCUGCAUUUACUGUCUUUCCCUUAAUGAUUUUGGACAGGUUUUAGAGAGCCGGGAUGUUGUUCUGGGCCUUUAUUUGGUUUUGGCUUUAGCUGAUAAUGUUUCAGUGCUCUUUAGCUAGUGCAGUUCUCAAAUGGCUGCCUACUAGGGAAAGAAUUCAGAGGAUGUGACUGCUCCUAAUCAUCUGUCAUUGCUGCUAGAUAAUGAUUGGCAAUUUUUAAGAUUCGACUGUGGAAAUCCCACAGUUGUUGGUAAACCAUCAAACAUUAAAAUGUUGCAUUUGAACACCAGUGCUGAGAUUUUCAUUGGAGGGUGAAAAGGGGGCUGGAUGCAGAAUAGGACAAUCUGGAGAUGUGGUUAAAGAAUGCAAAACGAUAUAGUAUCCCUUAUGGAUGGUACAUGUGCAACAGGGAGAGCCCCAUUCUUAUAUCCUUGGCAGUGAUUGAUAAGCAGGGAGGAAGAAAAACCUGGAACUUGAAUUAAGGCUGAUCUUUUCUGGUUUUUGUGUACUGUGGCCCAGCCAGGUAUAUAUAGUGAAGGUGAAUAUCUUCUCCCUCUGAAAAACUUUUGGUUCCUUGCUGUUCUGAUCAGGCAUAGUUUCCCUGCCCUAACUAAAAGCUCAGUGAGGACUUAGAGGGAAAGGAGGCAAAUAAUGAGGAUAACAACUGCAGUGCUGUGUACUGUGAAAUGGGGAGGGCACGCUUGGAGACUCCUGCUGAAGGUGGUCAGUCCACCUGGAAAUGGAAGGCAUACUUGAAUGGGGAACAGGGUAUGUGCUUUUCAUUAACAACAAAAAAUAUGUUAAAACUCAUUGGGUAAGGUAAAAGUUGUCACAUACCUUCACAUAAGGGAUAGUAUAUUUGGGAUUGCAGUCAAACUUCAUUCUGCUCAGACUGGUGAAAAUUGUAGUUAGGCUUUUGUAAUUUAAAGAAGAGUACUCUUAAUUCAGGCGACUGUAAGAAUAAUACUAGAUUUUUUCCCCUCCCCAUGAAGCCUCUUCCUAUUUUUUAAUGCUGUAACUUGUCCCCAAUCUUUGUCUCUGGAAUUUUACUCUUUUUAAAUUUUGAAGUUAACUAGCAUUUUCAAACCUUUUUACCCUUGUCUUUUAUAUUAACUACUACUUAUUAUUCUUUAGGUAAGAAUGAUUGAUGUUGGCUGAUAAUGGAGUACUCAUUUCACUUGAAGUGGAUAUCUAUUCUCAAGACCUCACACAGCAUGAGUCAUCCAAGAAGGACAAACAAUUUGUUAGACAAGGAGGUGUCUAAGAUGAGGUCACCUGUCCAGAAAACCAGUGCUGAGGAAGAAGGAAAAGAGGAAGAACAUCCUAGUUGUCACUAAUAAAGACAUUUUUAAAAAUAA